CCAUGUCUCCCUUGAAUAAUAUCAAUGACGGAAAUAACCAAGGAGGUCCCGCCCAGGUCCAAGUGGAGGUGGCCAACAACAGCAACGGGUAAAUCAACCACCUGUCAUUUGCCCAAAUUGCAAAAAGCGACUCUCCGAGCGAAGCGCCCUCACCCGACAUAUGAAGGUCCAUGACAGCACCACUAAAAUAUUCCGAUGCAUGGUGUGCCACAAGAACGACCAGCGACAAAAAUCAAACUGGAGGCAACAUGUGGCCACGCACAUCGGCCAGGAGAUCCCUCCUGACGUAUUCGAAGCCUUGGACCAUGAAACCAAGGCCAUUCUGACCGGAACACAUGAACGGAUGAAGCGAGGAUUCUUUGAGCAACGAUUGACCAAAGCUGAAGCCAAAAGGCCAAAAGGGCCAAAACAGCUCGAAGUUCCAAGCAAGAAUUGUCGUUUGAAGAACUUUGGUAUCCCAUAUGUGAAUGGCGAGAAUAAAUGCUGAAAAAA